AUGAAGAUGUUGACGUACCUCGCCUCUUGCCUGAUGGCGGCGUCAGGGGCGGGCGCCCUCAUGUUGGGGGCCUUGAAGGCCUCGCGCAUCACCGUCGGGGCCUUCGACUUCAACUAUAACGGCUUGCAGGUAACGAAGUACAAUAAAUCGACAACGGUGCAAUGCGCAACGCGAGUGCUGGCGAAUGUGAAUGCGACGCCCGUGUUUUGCGUGACCAGCGCCCAGGAGUGCUGGCUUACGAACGCCACCUUCCCCGCCGGGUACGACAACAGCAGCGCUGCUGGGGCGCUACCACACAAGUGCUACACCACGAUCAAGCCCCUCUUCGACAAGGCUGCUGCCCUCGCCGCUUGUGGAGGGAACCCUUCUGGCUGCUGUCCCGCCCCGUUCGAGAACGUCACAAACGUGGGGUGUGUCUUCACGAGCUUCUGGUUCUUCCCAAUGCUGCCGUUUGAUGUAGCCAGGGCCUUCUGCAAGGGCAUGUGGCCUACAGGGGACCUCUACUCUCGACCUGGUGGGACUAUUGACUUCACGGCUCUCAAUACUUAUCUUGAUCGUAUGGGUGUGGUGCUGGACGUGUGGGUGGGUGCCACCAUGGUUGGGGUGGGUCAGUUUGCUUGGCCGGACGGUUCAGCUGUGGGUAGCUCAAACUACGGCUCGGUUCUCAUAGUUCCCCAGCCGGACCUUACGGGAUUCCCAGCGGGCGGGCCAGCUGGUUGCCUGCUUGUCAUGCGCACAUACGGAAACCAAAAGCUGGGUGAUGACUAUUGCAUCAAGCCAGUGAAUUACCUUUGCCACAUUCCGUGA